CUGGAACGUCAAAUUCGGAGUUUCAUGGAACUUAGUUCCCAACAGAGAAUGGUGGAUCUAGCCUUAAAGAACAGACGGAUGCUAUGUUGACAGAUGAGAGCGAGUGUGUGUCUGUCUCUUUGGGUAGGAAGGGUUCAGCUGACUGGGACAUGUCGAUUCCUGGGCUCAGUGGUGUGCGAAGACUACAGCACCGAAGUUAUGUCAAAUCACCGGAUGUUGCGUUUGGACAAUUCCAUUUCUACAUGAAUUAUGUUAUUCAAAGUCAAAAUCAGGGCUGAAUUCAUUAAGCCCAUUCUGUUGCAAAACGUUUCGUCUGUUGCAACGUUUUGUAACAAACCGUUCACUCCAAACGGAAAACGUUUUGCAAUGAAAAGGAUCGUUUCUAUUGGACAAAUUCAUGUAGGUCCCUUCCCAUUUCGUUCUAUUUGCUUCCGUUUGGUUCUUAAAUGGUAAACGAUUUCCGUUGCAAAACGUAAUUAAGAAGCCCCGGAUUACUUUUUGUUGUUGUUUAAAUUCCGUGAGAGUGACACAAGCAUCCAGGGAGCGCGCUUUGGAGUGGACGUCAGUCACUGCGCAUGCCAGUCAAUCCAACCCUUCCGGACACAGAGAACGCGCCGCGCAUCCACAUUCCCUCCCGCGAGGAGCGCUCAGCUGUCUCAUCCCGUUCUGUCUCAGCGCCUGGAAUUUUACCUCCCCGGUGCUGUUCACACCUUUCUUCGCCAGCCCCCGGGAAUAACGGGCGACCCGUAGUGCUCUCCGUGGCGAUGGUGUCUGACAUGAUCUGACAGAGGAAGACUGCAGCGAUAGUCUCUGUGGUUAUUAUGGGCUGUGCCCACUGUAAACAGAAAAAGGCUGCAGCCAAGGCAGCUUCAGCCGAGCUGUCUGACCCAUCUCCUAGCAACAGCCCUGAUGGGGUUGUGUCUACAGCAUUGGCCAUGCCCCGUUAUCACCCUGGCCCCACCCACCCGACAAUACCUGACUUCAACAAGCCUUUUGGCUCCGCCUGUUUUCCUAAUACCAACGCACAAACCGGCGCAGGGGGCGUCACAGGUGGAGGUGUAACUCUCUUCAUAGCAUUGUAUGACUAUGAUGCUCGUACUGAAGAUGACCUGUCCUUCCAGAAGGGAGAGAAGUUCCACAUUAUCAACAACACAGAGGGGGACUGGUGGGAGGCCCGGUCGUUGGACACUGGGAAGUCUGGUUAUGUCCCUAGUAACUAUGUAGCUCCUGUAGACUCUAUACAGGCUGAGGAGUGGUAUUUCGGUAAGAUGGGGAGAAAGGAUGCAGAGAGACAGCUCCUGGGACUGGAGAACCCCAGAGGAACAUUCCUUAUCAGAGAGAGUGAGACCACCAAGGGUGCCUACUCUCUGUCUAUCCGGGACUGGGAUGAUGGUAAAGGUGACCACGUCAAACAUUAUAAGAUCAGGAAGCUGGACAAUGGAGGAUAUUAUAUCACAACACGCACACAGUUCGACACCGUGCAUCAACUGGUGCAGCACUACACAGGCUGUAACGAUGGGCUGUGUUACUUUCUGACCACACCCUGUCCCAAUGCCACGCCCCUCACCCUGGGGCUGGGGCGGGACGCCUGGGAGGUUGCCAGGAAAACGCUGGCCCUAAACAGAAAGUUGGGCCAGGGCUGCUUCGGAGACGUCUGGAUGGGUAUGUGGAACGGCACCACCAAGGUAGCAGUGAAGACAUUGAAGCCAGGCACCAUGUCUCCAGAGGCCUUCCUAGAAGAGGCUCAGAUCAUGAAGAGACUGAGACAUGACAAGCUGGUGCAGCUGUACGCUGUGGUCUCUGAAGAACCCAUCUACAUCAUCACAGAGUUCAUGAGCCAAGGUAGUUUACUGGACUUCCUGAAGGACGGGGAAGGAGGGAAUCUGAAGCUGCCUCAACUGGUGGAUAUGGCUGCUCAGAUAGCGGCAGGCAUGGCAUAUAUAGAGCGUAUGAACUACAUCCAUCGUGAUCUGCGAGCGGCUAACAUUCUGGUCGGGGAAAAUCUGGUGUGCAAGAUUGCUGACUUUGGUCUGGCCAGACUCAUAGAGGACAAUGAGUACACAGCCAGACAAGGAGCCAAGUUCCCCAUCAAGUGGACAGCUCCUGAAGCAGCUCUAUAUGGGCGCUUCACCAUCAAGUCUGAUGUGUGGAGCUUUGGUAUCCUGCUCACUGAACUCGUCACAAAAGGACGUGUGCCUUACCCAGGUAUGAAUAACCGCGAGGUCCUGGAGCAGGUGGAGAGAGGCUACAGGAUGCCCUGUGCGGUGGGUUGUCCUGCCUCCCUCCAUGAGCUGAUGGUGCAGUGUUGGCGGAGAGAGGCGGACGAGAGACACACCUUUGAAUACCUGCAGGGCUUCCUGGAGGACUACUUUACUGCUACUGAACCCCAGUACCAGCCUGGAGAGAACCUGUGACCACGCACACAGACACAAGUGUGUACACACACACACACAACCUAUACAUACUGUAAGCCUUAUCUACUAUAUGUUGCUGUCUGUCAGGGCAGAGCAAUCAAACACAAGCCAGAAUUCUUCCUCUCCUCCUAUCUGCUCAGCUGCCCAGACCAGCAGAGGAAAGGGACUGUUGUCAGUGUACUAUGCCUUAAUAGCUUUACUGAGUUACCAUGACAACAAGGCUUCAUCUUUAGAUGGAGGUUGGGGGGGUUUACGGUUAGGAUUAGAUGGGGUUAGGGGUCAAGGUUUGUGGGGCUGUAGGGGACCAGUUUGUGCCUAAAAUCUUUACUUGUGUAAGAUGAUGAUUGUGAUGACUUCACUCCAAUGCUUUUUACUCUCUAAGCAUCUUUCAUGACGUUAAAGGGGAUUUUCUUUCUGCAACCUUUCUUAAACCUGAUAUUGACAACCCUGGUUUUUAAUUUGUUUAUUUAAUGCUUGUAUAUCUACUGUUUGUAUCUUAGCUAACACAUGGGUUCUGUUCAGCAGGGUGCAACGUUUCAGAAUAUUCAGAUUGACAAUAUGUUCUAUACAGUAUAUUUUUAUCAGGUAGAAUAGGCGUUUGUACCAGCUCUUCGUAAAAUGUCUAUGUGCUAUGUUCUGACUAUUUCACCUCUCUGAAUCCACGCAUGUUCUGUAUACAGCCUUCUGCCAAUGGGAGGGCCAGGCAAAGGGUCAAAUGAAUGCACAGAGGUCGGAGUUGGGACCGUGUGCAGGAGUGUGGGUUUUUAUGAUGAUUUUAACUUUUCUGUUGUUUCAGAUGUUUCUGUGCCUGCGGUAAAGUUAUUUUCCACAAUA